GAUCGCAAAAUCAACCAGCCAAAAUAAAAUUAAAUGCUGAUCAUACAAUUUUAAUAAUUUUGCACAGUUGGAAAUACUUUGUUUGAUCCGUCAGUUUAGGGUUUCUGGGCGGAAAUGACUGGUUAAUUCAUAUACGUCGAAUCAACGACAGAGGAGCUAGUAGGAAGUUUAAUUAAAUGAGCCGGUACCAGGACAGAGGGGGAGGUGACCACAGCGGAGGUUACCGUCACCCACUACGAGUUCCUGACCGCUAUGUGGCACGAGGUCGAGAUGUUGGUAAUCGUGACUAUGGCCGUGAUCGUGACGUAGGACGACCCUUCCAACGAGAAAUGAUGAACCCAUAUCAACGAAGUCGUGGGGGGCGUGGAUAUGAAGAGCCGAUUUAUCAGCAUCCUCCCAUUGGAAAUUAUCCACCACAGACGACGACGGCAUAUUUCAAUGAAUGCGUUCGACCACCUGGGCUGAUCAAAAAGUAUCCAAAUUAUGAACCGUUUCACCCCCCGCCUUCGGAGAAUUUCCAAUAUCCAGAAUUCAUGAGACCACCCACAGUCAAACAUAAACAGAGACAGAGUUCUAGAAGUCGAAGUCGAAGUUGUUCUCGUUCAAGAAGCCGCAGCAGGUCGAGACCACGUUCCAGAUCGAGGAGUCGAGAUCGAGAGCGGCAUCAUUACCAGAGAGAUCGUGAAUAUCAUAUCAGAAGUUACAGUCCAAGGAGACGGCGUAAGAGCAGGAGUCCUGGUGAACGGAGGUCAAGAUCCAGGGACGAUUCCCAUCACAGAACGAGGUCUAGUCGAUCCAGGUCGAAAUCGAGGGAAACAUCGGUUUCGCAUUCUGAUGGAGGUCGUAGUGACCAUAAAAUUGAGCCUUCGACACUUAAAUAUUGGGAACAAGCUGAGAACAAUGGAGACGAUAGCGAGGUAGAUUUAGAGAUUGAUCUUCAUCCCCUGGCUUAUCAUGUUCACUCCAGGAAACGACUCCUCACUGAAGCAGUGAGGUCACUUAAGGGAAAACGGUUGAAAGCUAUGAUCCCCCCUUUAAUAAAGGAUAUGAGUAUAGAGCGACUUGAGGGAGAAUGCUUGAAAAUAUUGGAAGACAUAGAUUCAGAAACUAUUCUAAAUAUUUUGGAAGGUAAAAUGGGUGCAUCUUUGGAAAAUUCUGAUAAUAAAGAAACGCCAGUAGAAAGUGCUUCUGUUGCCUCCAAGGAAGUUGUCAAGAAGCAUAAGAAAAAAAAGGCGACUGAAGCAACGAAUAAGACCAAGAAAAUCAAAAAGUCAGAAGAGCAAAAGGCAAAAGAGAGAAAGAAAAAGUUGGCCGAAGCACAGAAAUCUAAGAAGAAGAAAAAGAAAGCGAAAGCUAAGAAGGAGAAAAGGAAGACAUCAGAACAACAGUCGUCUGCAGCACCUACGAAAAGUCUGAUGGAACUUUUGGAGUUAGAAUAUCGAGCUAAAGCUAUUAAAGCCUUAUUGAGAACACAGGGUGUAACGGGGCUGGACAUUGAUCUGGCAGUGGGAAAUGAUGUCAGUGAAGUUGUCAACGAUCUCAAAGUCAAUGGUCUCACAAGAGCAGGACAUCAGCCAGCUCUUGGUAUCCAAAAUACGACGACUGUUCCAGUGGCGUCUUGUCCUGCAUUAGUCAGCGUCAAACCCAAGAGGUCUUCGCCUACAAAAGCGUUGGUGCUUAGGAAGAAAAAGAAAAUGGCUGAGAAUCUUGAGACCUCACUGCCCCCUGAAGUCAUUUCUUCUAAUCAAUUGGGUAGGGCACCUUCUACAGACACUAUCAGCGGAACGAGUUGUAUUUCUUCCUCAGAAGAGAAUGACGUUCAAGUCAAACAUGGCAACUUAUUGAGUCAAGUUGACGAAGCGUUAAACUCUGAAGUAUCAAUUUCAGACUCCAAUUUAUCUCCGUCCAACAACAACGCGAACAGUUUUGUUUUGGAGUCCUGCGCUACUGCAGCAAAGGUUAACCAGUUGGACGGGAACCAGUUGAGAUUAAAACUGCUUCAGAAAUACAAAAUUAGAGCGAAAAGGGUCCAAAAGGCCAAAAAGAAGGAGACUGUGAUGCCACCAGUGGUUAAAGAGCAUGACGACGUUCUUGACCUACAUGCAGACGACAAACUCAUUUAUGAAGGCGACGAGGAUGAUGAAGGAGAUGAAGAAAAGGUUGAAUCUGAACAGGAGCACGUCACAACUGACAAUGACGGAGAAAAGUCAGAGCUAGAACACGAGGAAGAAAAAGACUUGAUGUCUGAUCAGGAAGAGCAGGACCCUGAAAAGGAGCGAGACUCUGAACAAGAAACGCUGGAAGCGUCGCGUCAAAUCGAGAGCAGUCAAAAUAAUAGUGUUGCAAGUCCGGAAGAAGAGUCGGCACCAGAAUUUGGCGACAAUCAAUCAUCAACCGACAGAUCUCCAUCCGUUCAAGAUUUCGAGGAGGGUGAUGACGACGUGGAAGUUCUCGUUCACGGUCCGACCGAUGUAACUGCUGACCAUAAUAAUAUCCAAGAAGAUCAGACAACUGGAAUUUCUACAAAAGAAGUAGAUAAUUUGGAAGGAGAGGUUCCUCUUCAUGUCACUUUCGUCGUGGAAGGUCUCUCUGAAGCCGAAGAGGGUGAAGUGAUAUCUGCUGAGUCCGAUAUGGGAGAAAAGAGUGUUUGUGAGUAUUCCGAGGACAGUAACCUUUUAGAAGCAGCUAGCUCCUCCCCCAGGCGCCGACUUUCAAAGCGAUCUGAGCGUUUCACGUCAAAAUCUAAAUCCAAAAAAUCACGUUCACCAACCAAAACCAAAUCAUUGUCCUCAUCCCCAUCAAAAUCCAGGCGACAAAAUCAGCGUGAUGCAAUCGAAUCACGCGCAAAAUCAACAUCGCCGCUACCGUCCCCAUCGCCCAAACAAAAGUCUGAUAGAUCCAGUCCUGUCCAGUUUAUCACAAACUUUGAUGCUUCUCCUAAAUCCCUUGAUGAUUCUGAUCAAGACUCUGAAAAUAACUCCACUCCUGUUGCUCGCUCGAUAAUACGACCUAAACCAGGCCCUAUGAAGAUCAAUAUGCCCACUUCACUGCCCGUGAUGCACGGCUGUCCAACUCAGGACGAAGUUUCCAACUUGUCCAGUAACUCCAAGUUGUCAAACAUUUCGGAUGACGAUACAAUUGGUGCUGAUGUCGAAAAUGUCGAAGGAAGCGAUGAUGCUUCGGAAAAUGAGGAGGAUGAGAAAACUCUAGGAAAAAGUGGUAAAGAAUCUGUUGCUGGAGAAGUUGGUUCGAAUUCUGAGGUAAGCAUCAAGGGAAAAGAAAAUGAUGACGGAGAUGAAGACGACCCACAGCCUAUUACUUGGUAUGAAAGAUGGUUCCAGAGCAAAUCCAUGCAGAAAAUGGUGAAGACCAACAACAUUCAGAAGAAGUUAAAGAAAAAGCUAAAGAAGACACCACACAAGGCCAAGUCCCCUCCCCCACCACCCGACCUUUCCAAAGACGCUGGCCAACCAAUCAUUGGUAGUAUUGAAGAGUAUGAGCAACUUUUUGGGAAGAGGAAACCAGCGAGUAGUCAACUAGAUCAGAGCGUCCAAUCCCUGACUGAGCCGCAACAAAAACCAGAAGAAGAUCCUGAGGAACAGGAUGAUGAAGACGACGAUGUUUUGUGGGGUGACAUUAUCGGCGAUGAUGAUGCUGGUUAGUCGGAUUAGUCUGACUGACGAUUACCGUACAACCCAGAAUAUUCAGUCUUCAUACUGCAUUCAAAAUAAUAACUGUGAUGGGUGGCACAAAUCUAGACAUAAAUGAUACCAAUCUUCCUAAAUCCUUAAACUACCUUCCUAGUGUUUUUGCCCUAGCAUUAAUUAUCGUAGGGUAUUGUAGUUUUAUUUUUUAUAUGAAAGUCGACGAAUGGUAUUUACAUCUAAGUUUGACAAUACAAGUUUUUUUUACAAGUGCUUCAUUAUUUAAAAGUCUGAUGAAAAUAAAUAUAUGAAAGAUUUGCAAGA